GACGAAUACCGGAGCGACAGAGAGAGGAGUAGUAACUUAUUCGAUGACCUACACCGUCUCUCAACUGAGCUGCUAUGGAAUCGAGUACGUGCGACUCAGUUUGGAUACUGGUCAUCUGACGGUUGUCACCUGCCCCGCCUCAAGCCCUUCUAACGACCCGACGUCGCCCUCCAUUUGUUAUGCGCCAAAAGAUACAGACACUGUGUGUGCAGAUCAACUGGACACUAACUCACUCAAUACUAUUGUCUGCGUGCCAAUACCGACACCGGUCACUGUUGCUCAACCGACAACAGGUACAGUAAAAGCUCUAAGCUACACAAACAAACGGCUAACGGCCACCGAUGAUACAGUCUCUGAGAUGCUGAUACGCAAACAUGCAGCUACUCCUACUGAUUUCACUUUGGAAUUCUGUAUGAAUGCAGUGUGCCCCGUGCCUGACUCAUUCACUGUGGGUGUAGAUAAAUAUGAACUUUGCUUCGUCAACUCUGACGGAAACGGCAUCACUGGAGUAGCAGAAGAUGAAUUUCAAGAUUUGUCACUUUCGGUCCUGGCCUCCGCCACUUCCGUCGAUUUGCUCUUCGUUAACUUUGGCCCAGAAAGGAAGUACUUGAUAUACUCAACCGACAUGCCAGACGCCGUAGAUAUCACAAACCAAACUCCCAUCAUUUUGGAUUGCUCCAACCUCCCUGCGGAUACUUAUUGCUAUGGAUUUUACGAGCCAGCGAAUGGGAUGCCAAUGCCUAAGUUCAUGGCCAUCUCAUACACCGAUGGAAGCAAUACGAUAAUUUCUCUAGAUGCGACGGCUACAGCACAGGUGGAGCAGAAAUCAUAGUCUGAUGCCGUAAAUAUGAAGACAAUAUUAAUGAAAAGAUUGAAAGUGUAGGUGAAGUUAAUUUCGGGGAAACAGUCCAAAAGGAGGUAAAAAUUAGUAUGAUAUUAGUAAAAAGAUCUAGCUUUCACUUUUUAAAACCAUAAUGCACUCCUGAAUUCAUAGCUCAAAUAUACAAGCAAAUUUCCAGUCUUCCCAUCUAUUAUUCACUCUAAACUUCCACUUUCUUGCAUGAAAUUUAAUCCAUUUUAUUUUCAAUCAGUUGUAAAUAACCAGACUUGAAUACCAAUGAGUUAUAAAACACAAGUAUCAAUAAAUUCAAACUGUGCUAAGUGUGCUGGU